CGGGAGCGCAGAAUACUAAAUAGGAAUGGGCGUGGGUCGACAGUUUACGUCCAUCCCGUUUCGACUGCGUCUGAAGUGCCCUUUACCGUGGUGACAUGCACGUGCCAUCGCAGGUUUACCGCGGUGACAGACACGUGGCCAUCGCAGGUUUGAGAGCGUCUCCACAACAUCUUUUCCAGGGAAAGUGGGUGACAGGGAAGUGUAUGGCAGCUAUGGAUCCCCGAGUUCAACUGCAGAAGGCGCAGGAUGCCAAGGUCCUGAUGGUUGGGGCUGGGGGCAUUGGCUGCGAAUUGCUGAAGACGUUAGUGCUGACGGGUUUCAGACACAUCGAGCUGAUUGAUAUGGACACGAUUGAAAUUAGCAAUUUGAACCGUCAGUUUCUGUUUCGUCAACGUCAUGUGGGAAAGCCCAAGGCAGAGGUUGCCCGUGAAGCUGCUUUGAAACUCCGGCCCGAUGCAAAGAUUGUGGCUCACCAUGCAAAUGUGAAAGACCCCAAGUUUAAUCUAGACUUCUUUGGGAAGUUUUCUGUGGUGAUGAAUGGGCUGGACAAUUUAGAAGCGCGCCGUCAUGUCAAUCGGAUGUGCUUGGCUGCUAAUGUGCCACUUGUGGAAAGUGGAACCACAGGAUAUUUGGGACAGGUUACGGUUCACAUAAAGGGAAAGUCGGAGUGCUAUGAGUGCAAAGCGAAGGCCAUGCCCAAGUCAUAUCCAACGUGUACGAUUACAAACACGCCUAGCAAGCCAGUCCAUUGCAUCGUCUGGGCAAAGGAGCUGCCUUUUGCGAAGCUGUUUGGUGAACGGGGUGUGGCCAAUGACCUUGACAUAAGAGUUAUGGCUGAAGGCGGGGGUGCAGGGGAGGAUGCGAGGAGUGAAGGGCAUGAAACCGAAGAGAAAUAUUCUUAUGAAUGGUGCAAGGAGUCAGAAACUUCGAGGGCUUUUGCCCGACGGAUAUUUGACCGCAUCUUUGGCUUCAACGUAAUGAAGACCUUGGAAAUGGAUGAUCUAUGGAAGAAUCGACGCCGACCGACACCGCUGUAUGUCAAAGAUGUGUGGGCGGGUGCCGGUGAGGACGACGAAUGCAGAGGGGAUCCAGAUGACACAGCUGAGCCGGAUGUGGAAAUCUGUGGAGCUGAGAGAGGCGCCAAGCGACAGCGAGUAGACGAGUCUGGUGCUUCGGUCAAUCAUACGGAGAGGGAUAGUAUGGCCGCUGGUCCUUGGGAAAGAGGCCUUUCGGCAGCUGCAUCAUUAGGUCUGAUGGAUCUUCAGAAAGUCUGGAGCUUGAAAGAGAACACGCGAGUCUUUUUGGAGAGUCUGCGGCUUUUUGUGGAAAAGCGUCCAGAGGAGAUAGGUUGCCUGACGUUCGACAAGGAUGACACACUCGCCGUCGAGUUUGUGACUGCAGCUGCAAACUUGCGUGCGUUCUCGUUUGGCAUAUCUAUGCAGAGCCUCUUUGAUGCAAAGGGUGUUGCAGGAAACAUUGUGCAUGCAAUUGCAACGACAAAUGCUAUAAUUGCAGGCCUCAUUGUUCUGGAAUCUCUCAAGGUCUUGAAUGAUCAAACGGACGCUUGCAGAGAAGUCUUCUGUCUGGAGCACCCGGCAAAGAAGAAGCUGAUCAUGUCUGCAGAACUUGAGAUGCCUAAUGUGAACUGCUAUGUCUGCUCAAAGAAACCAUUGACGCUUGAAGCAGAUGCUCAGCAUACAACUCUUGGUUGUGUAAUCAAUAAGAUUGUGCGCAAACGGCUCUGCGUCGACAGUCCAAUGGUCUUCGCUGGCGACAGAAUUCUGUAUGAGGUUGGUGAUGAUCUUGAAGAAAGUGAGGUCAAGAUGUAUGAACAAAAUCUGAAAAAGAGACUCUGUGACUUUGACCCGCCGAUAUCGAAUGGUUCGGCACUUACAGUUGAGGAUCUGCAACAGGAUUUUAAGUGCAACAUUUUUAUAAAGCACAGAGAGGACUUUGACGAAGAGCGUGAACCAGACAGAUUAGUACUGAUUGGAUCCGGGUUUGCUUCGGCCGAGACCGUUGCAAAGAAAGAGGUUAGUGAGAGCAAGGUGAUCGGUGAGAACGGCCAGCAUAAUGUCAAACCCUCUGAAGUCUCGCAGGCGACGAAGGCGUCAUCAGAAACUGCUCCCACAAGAGUGGGUGCCGAGGAUUCCAAUUGCGGAGAUGCUCAAACCUGCAGUGGAGGUGUAGUGGUGAUUGAAGAGGAUGAUGAUGAAGUCAUGGAAGCUACGACAGAGUCCAUGCUUGGCAAGAGGAAAAGGGAAGAAGGUGAGACGGAGCGUCCACCAAGUCCAAAAGCAGAAGAGGAAGUGGUUGAGGUAUUGCUGUCCGACACAGCAGCAAGAAAAGCAUCCUCGAUGCCAGGGAAGGGUUCAGAAGCAGAUCCUGAGAUCAUUGACGUAUAACCUUGUCUGGAGUUGUGGACUUGCUUUUCUUCCUUCAUUCAAGUUCAUUGUAACGUUCGAGGCUUUGCAGGGAUGGGUUCAUCGCUUGGUGAGCAAUGUGCCAAGAGUUUGAUCUGCUGGAAACGCAUGGAUGGCCUGCUUUGCAACGUCCCCUGUGUGAGACAGCAGUGCCUUCUUGGCAGCAGCUGUAAUGUACAGAGGUAUGUACUAAGAAUCGGCACUAGAGUCCUGUUCCGGAGAAACCACUGGUGGGGUUAAGAACUUAAGAUGUUUUUGCCCAUCUCUUGCUCUUGUUGUCUAGUCUGAUCUCUGAUCUGUACAAAGUCGCAGAGUCCAGAAGUCAUCUGUAGCCUCCUGGCAAGGUCCAGUAUAGAGCUUAACUUGCCGACUGCAGAAGUCAUUUGUCGACUGCUGGCGACUUCUUGGAGGUGGGCAUGAAUUCCAGUAUAUAGAGCUUCGUGCUCUGUGUUUUGCUCGUGGGGACGAAAAUUUUGCGAAGGCCUCUUGGAUUCAAGGAAACGCCAUGCAAGUGGAUGUUGGAGUCACUCCUGAAGUGAUCUGGGAGUGCUGGCAAGUUCUCGGGGGUGGGCAUGAAUAUCAGUAUAGAGCUUUAUGCAACGUGUGCUGCUCUCCAAGGCUUGUUGGAUUAAAGGAAACAGCUUCAUGCUCUGUGUUUUGCUCGUGGGGACGAAAAUUUUGCGAAGGCCUCUUGGAUUCAAGGAAACGCCAUGCAAGUGGAUGUUGGAGUCACUCCUGAAGUGAUCUGGGAGUGCUGGCAAGUUCUUGGGGUUGGGCAUGAAUAUCAGUAUAGAGCUUUAUGCAACAUGUGCUGCUCUCCAAGGCUUGUUGGAUUAAAGGAAACAGCUUGAUGCCACGUGUUCUGCUUGCCAAGGCCUGUUGGAGUCAAUGAAAAACACCAUGCAAGUGGCCACCGGAGGAAAAUGUAGCAGCAGAAGGUACGAGGGUGAUGCAUUCUGUACGUGCUACGUUGCUCCGCUUGAGGCAUUGUGAUUAAGGGGUGUGUCUGAAUAUGACAGUGGCAACACCCCUCGUACCUUUUUCGACUUGAACUGUGGUAUGUGGAGGCCGCGUCCUGUGAGAAUUCCAUGUUAAACACCUGAAGCAUGGUGUGAGGGAUGUGUGGAGGGGGUGGCAAUCAAUGGUCGUUCACUCACCGGGAAGGAAAGUUUCCACAGACUGGUGCGAAAGGGGGAAGAAUUGGGAAGCUCGCUCCACCGUUGUCCAUUCCUCGUACGGAACGAUCAUCAACAGAAGUAUGCUCGGGGUUCCCUCGUCAGUGAUCGUUCCUCGUAAAAGAGUUGUGCAAGGAAGUGGCCUGUACUUUUGGGGUUUGGAACUUGCAGAGUGGAAUGGUGUGCAGCUUGCAAUGGCAUGUCCCUGGAGUGUCGCCUGUGUUCACAGUGAUUGUCUGCUCCUGUGAGCAUGCUCAAAGCGCAGAAAAAAGGUGAGGGUCAUCAGUUCUCUCACAGAAAAAAGGUGAGGAUCAGCAGUUCUCUGCAAAGAAAAAGUUCUCUGACCACUUGGGGUGUAUUGUUGGUGUGAAAUCCCUUGCAUCUCAAGUGGAGGCCCAAGUUUCUUUUCAGCCUUUUGGUAGGCUCAUUUGUGGCUGGAGGUGCUGGAACCCCCAAGUUUCUUUUCAGCCUUUUGAAGCUGCUGCCCUUGCAUCUCAAGUGGAGAUGAUAGGCUCAUUUGUGGUUUGGGUGAGACAUGAAAGGUGAGGAUGCUGAAGCAAGCCAUCCUGUUGUUGUGGCCCCUCCUUCCAUCAGCACAGCGGGAAGCUAAAGUGCUCGAGUUGGCAAGCUGAAUUGCAACAGAGGGGUACGAGAUACCUUUUCUACAAAUAAGGCUUGCAGUGUGAGCCUGCUAGCGAGCGAGCCUUUUUGUUUUCCCCUGGUAAUACAGGCGCAUUGAUGAGUGAAACACAGGCUCCGUUUAUGAUUGGUGGUCAUGUUUGCAUUUCUGGUGAGAUGGCUUCCCUUUGUGACACGAGACGAGCCACAGGGAUGCCAUAGGUAGGUUGAUGCGCAGUCGCUGACUUUCAACUGAAGGCUUGCUGUGUGAAAAGCUGCUAGCGAGCGAGCCUUUUAGCUUCCCCUGGUGAGACAUGCCCCCGUUUAUGAGUGAAAGACAGGCUCCGUUUACGAGUGGUGGUCAUCUUUGCUUUUCUGGUGAGAUGGGUUCCCUUUGUGACACGAGACGAGCCACAGGGAUGCCAUAGGUAGGUUCAUUUGCAGUCGCUGACUUGCAAUAGAGGGGUCCGACAGACCUUUACAAAUAAGGCUUGCAGUGUGAACCUGCUCGGGAGCGAGCGUUUUAGCUUCCCCUGGUGAGACAGGCCCAGUUAUGAGUGAAAGGCAGGCUCCGUUCACGAGUGGAUGUAUUCUACAAGUCAUUUACUUCGACUAUAUCCCUCGUGCCAUUCACAGAAGCCAUGGCUCGUGCCAUUUCAUUUGACCAGAUCUCAGCGAGAGUAUGUGGAUAGGUGGAAUCUUUCUGCUGCAUGGCUUUGCUGACAGCUUUCUGUCACUCUGUCAUGAAGGAUUGUGUGCAUGUAUUUUAAAUGGAGAUGUCGAAAGCUGUAGCAUUUGCCUUUUCUUUCGUUCUAUCGAACUCUGCAAUAGCGAACUGCAAUCCAGGUAGGAGGGCUUUCUGAGGGGCAACCCUUGAUAGUCUUUUUGUUGUGCUAAACACUGUAGUAACAGCAUU